AUGGGUCGAAUCUCAAACCCCAAACACUCAAAUGGGCCAAAUUUGGCCAUGGACAGCUUCCAGCUGGCUCGAAAUGCCAGCCUGGCUAUACGCGUUGCACUCGGCUCUGACUGGAACAGUCCCGGCGGCGCCCUCAGUACUGUCGCCGACAAGUACAUCCUCAAAAGGCUGGACAAAGCCAUAAGCUCCGCAGACGACGAGCAACCAGAUUGGGAAGCCUACAUCCUCAUUCCCUUAUUCAACUCCUGUCUCAGCACCUACACAGCAAUCGACAUCGAUUCCAAAUUCGUCACGCAAACCGUGGCGGUCAUACUUCUAGCGUACGACAUAAUUCGUCAACGCAAUGCAGUUCCAACUCAAACAGAUUACAAUUUCAUUGAAAGCACCCUCGACAAGUUCCUUACUCCAGAAAGCCUAGUCAUUAUCAGGGAAGUUGUGGAGGCUGAGAGCGAACGGUACUCGGGACUAAACAUCGACUUUGGAAAGGUGAAUGGCCUUUUCGUUUUGGAGGCCUUGCUUAAAGAGGCCAUUCACCGCGCCGAGAACAAUGGCAUCGUACCUGAGGGCGCUACUGUGAAGUUGAUGGCUGACUCUGUCAAGACUCAAGUUCCAACUGCAUCCGCCGAUGAGGGGUUUUCUUCAACGCCAGGACUGCAGACUACCACUAAACGCGAUGUUCACUUACAGUACUACCUCAAGUCCGGCUAUGCGCUUGAGGUCGACUCCGUGACCUCCAUCGACCUUCACAACGAGGCCUUGGUGCUCGAGACAAGCGACGGCCUUCACGUAAGCAUUGAGGAAGGCGUCAUUGUGUCAGAAGUGGAGGGUAAGUCUCGCACUGUUGAUAUUCGGGCGCCCCAGGCAGAUGGUUUUGAACUCUCAGCUACGGUGGUCAUUCCUCCGGACAACAGUUAUAUCAUUGAAGAUGUGACAUCGGUAGAGCGGAUCGAUAAGAUGGCGGACUGGGCGGUUUUUGAGACGUUGAAGGCUACGAUUUGGGUUGGGAAUGGGGCUUAUAUGUAUGAGCGUGAUGGAGAGACUGUCAAGGUUAAGAAUCUCUUUAAUAUUUGCUCAACGGCUUAACGAAGUGGGAAUUCUAUCCCGCUUUGCAAGCGGACGGCC